GGAGGAGCGGGAGGGGCACGAGCUGCACUGCGUCCACCGGCCGGGUCAGUGGACAGAGCGGGCGGUCCAACAGUGUGUGGACGGUACUGAGCUCUGUCCACCGGAGCCGACCACGGCGGAGGCGGCGAAUAUCAGAUGGAGAUGACAGAUGUGCGUGAAGACCUGGCCGCCCUUCGCCGGGAGGUGGCCUCCCUUCGCGAGGAGGUGGCCAAAGUCCAGGGGGAGAACGCCGCACCACACGGUGCGGUGGUCCUCCUGGAGCAAGCACUGGUUGAAGAGCGGACCACUCGCCAGACCGUGGUGGAGGAUCGCUACGGUUUGGCGUGUGGCGUGGUUCUACUCGGUUUGGCGUGUUUCUACUGGGUCCGCCGGCGAGCGGCGCCAUCCGGCCGUUCCCAGAGAGCUAGAAAAAUGGCCAAUGACGUCACGGUACAGACGGAGCCCCAGCCAUCGGCAGUCAGUGACGUCAUAGUACAGACGGAGCCGCAGCCAUCGGCAACUUGUGACGUCACAGUACAGACGGAGCCCCAGCCAUCGGUCGCCAGUCUAUUCAACACGCUUCAGGAGUCGCUCGGCCUUGUAACCAUGACGACGUUCGACGCUCCGUCAGCCCUUGGCGAGGAUCAGCUGACGGCGCUCCUGCAGAGUCUUCCUCGCUUGGAGGAGCUGACCGUCAGGGUCCCGUCCUUCGGAACGGGGCGGUGGCUGCGGCUGCUGCCGACGUCACUGAGGACGCUAUACGUUGCCGGGCCGGAGGUGACGGAGCCGAGGUGGCCGGGACAGUACGGGAGUGGUCUGUCGGUAUCUCUCCAGGGGGUGGCUGCCGACACCAUCAGUCACCUGGCCACGGAGCUGGGGUCACGGAUUACCCUACUAGUCACGGAUGCACAAGUUACUACUAUUCCAAGUCAACUUCGUGGUGCCAUCAUCAGGGUGGGCCCAAACACUAUCAUCCUUCCGGCCGGAGUCGGUGACAGCGAGCUGACGGAGCUGCAGAUCUCACGGGAGACUGUGGAGCGGCUGUCAGUCACCGCCACCGACCUCCCGCGACUGAGUUGGCAGCUGCCGAAGUGUCUCAGGUGCCUCAAUGUCAGAGGGCCGGAGGUGACGGAGCCGAGGUGUCGGAGAGUAUGA